CGAUCAACGAUGCAUUGCAUGCUUCGCGCAAUCUUCCUUGUCUUGGCCGCGAUCGCGACCGCGACCGCGCUCUCAGAUGCCAUCGCAUGCACAACAGCCGCGGCGUGUCCGACCGUGCCAUGCCACACGGUGAGCGGCUGCACGGGCGGUGUCUGCCUCUACACCCAGCUCGCUGCCAAAACCCUCUGUCCAAGCCAGAGCUGCUCCAACAAGAAGCCCUGCGACGACGACGCCAAUGACUACUGCAACGCCAAAGGCGAGUGCGUCGACGCCGUCAAAGGCGCUGGCACCGUGUGUGCGACCGGCGGCUCGUGCUUUGAGAACGCCAAAUGCGACGGCAUCUGCGGAACAUGCCCUGCGGCCACGCCGUCGAUGGCCGGCACAUCGUGCACGGGCAGCUGCAACGGAGGUCUCUGUGACGCGCCCGACACGUGCGAUGGCGCUGGUCGAUGCAAAGACAACUACAAGCCCAAAGGGACGCUAUGCCAAGCAGGCGGCGGCUACUCCAACACGCCGAGCUACUAUUGCACGGGUACGACCGGAACGUGUGAUACGAGCAGCGUCGUGCUCGCUGCCGGCAAAACGACGCCCGUGUACGAAGAGAGUGGCGCGUCAAUGGUCUCGGCUGCAUACGUGGCCAUCGGCGUCGUCGGCACCGUCGUCGUCGCGGCGGUCAUGGUGCAACAACAGCGUGCACCAAAAAAAGCAUCCUUUGUCGACGAUGGCUACUUGCCCCUUGUCAUGUAGACGGUCACCACAUGCGUUUACCCGGAGAGCUUGGUCGACAACGUCGUCGACGCCAUUAACAAACCGCUUCACUAAUGCGUCUAGUACUGCGAGUGUUUAUCAAAGGUUAAACAUUCGUACAUCAAGUGUGCUGUCGUUGAACAACUG